CACAUCUUUCUCCUCUUCGCUGCUAUCUGCUAUCCUUUGCAUUCCAUAUUAACUUCACUUGGUUUUGCUUGCAUUGCAUAUCGCCGCAUUUUAGCCUUUGCUCGUCCUUGAUUAGCGUCAAUCUCAUGACUGGACUGGCCUGAAAAACCGACGCUCAAAGUCUCAUUUCUCGUUUUUCGAUUAAACCCCGAGUAGCUCAAUCAUAUCAACAUGGCUACUCCCUUAGUAUCUACACCAGUGAAGACCCAUCAUGGGAUCUUCUCCACGAAGAUGGCCGGUGGCCGCAUGCCACUCACCCCGUCGCCCCGUGGCCGGAGGGACAGUCUAGCAUCCAACAACUCCUCCCCUUUCACACCCCCUCGUCAGGACUCUGAAGCAAUCAAAGAUCAAGGACGCUCAGUGUAUGGCGGAAACCUGUCCUCAUACUUCGCCAAAUCAAACGUGCCGCGAACAUCCCGCACCUACCGCGAGUCGCCCAAGUCCAACAUUGCUCGAAUUCGCAGAUCUCCCAAGCAUCUGGAGAUGGGGUUAUCGGAAUGGUCGUUGACUGGUACUGGUCCCUCGUCGACACAAUCUCCUGCCAAGGAACGGUUGCGAAAAGAGGUCUCUAGCCGGACACGCGCCGGGAAAACUACCGUGCGUAUUUCCCACAACGCCGGGGAUAGGUUUAUUCCCAACCGUACAGCAAGCGAGGGGCUGGCAACAGCUGGAGCUGCGAAGCCCGAUGACUCUCAAAGACCCAAAACCAGUGGUAGUGAGGGCUCAACCGUCCUUGCUACAGCAGCUAGUGCCUUUGACAUUGGUGGUCGUGGAACCGAUGAGGACCUCACCGCAGCCCUGGAAAACCUUGGUCUAGAUGAUGAUGAGAGCUCUACAUCAUAUACCAAACCCGCACCAGAUGCUGUUGCCUAUGAAUCUUCAUUGGCAAAUGCUUGUGGAGUAAACCUGAACACCCGCAUUCUCGCUUUCAAGCCACCCCCACCAGAGUCAUCCAAGCCAAUUGAUCUGCGUGCUCAAUACAACCGCCCUCUUAAGACUACCAAAGCACAAUCGGCUCAGUUCCGUAGGAGGGUGCAAACCGCGCCCGAGCGAGUCUUGGAUGCUCCUGGCCUGCUCGACGACUACUACCUGAACCUCCUGGAUUGGAGCUCUGGAAAUCAAGUUGCCAUUGGCCUGGAACGUAAUGUGUAUGUGUGGUCGGCUGACACCGGAACUGUUAGCUGUCUGCUGGAGACUUCGCCUGAUACCUAUAUCAGCAGUGUCAAAUGGAGCGGUGAUGGGGCCUAUGUUGGGGUUGGCCUGGGCACAGGCGAGGUUCAGAUCUGGGAUGUUGAAGAAGGCUCCAAGCUUCGCAGCAUGUUUGGGCACGAGUCGCGGGUUGGCGUGAUGGGCUGGUCGAAGCACACCCUAUCAACCGGCGCCCGUAGCGGCCUGGUAUACAACCACGAUGUCCGCAUUGCUCAGCACAAGGUUGCUGAACUCGUCUCUCACACCUCUGAGGUGUGUGGUCUAGAGUGGAGACCCGAUGGCGCCCAGCUUGCCACUGGUGGUAACGAUAACUUGGUCAACAUCUGGGACGCCCGAUCCCUCAGUGCGCCCAAGUUCACCAAGACCAACCACCGUGCGGCUGUCAAGGCCCUCAGCUGGUGCCCCUGGCAACUCAACCUCCUGGCCACUGGUGGUGGAUCUUACGACCGCCAUAUUCACUUCUGGAAUACCACAACCGGUGCUCGCACCAACAGUAUUGACACUGGCUCCCAGGUUACCAGCCUGAGAUGGAGUAACCACUACCGAGAGAUCGUCAGCUCCAGUGGAUUCCCCGAUAACUCUCUGAGCAUCUGGAGCUACCCCACGCUAGUCCGCAACGUGGAGAUCCCGGCCCACGAAACCCGAGUCCUCCACAGCUGCCUGAGCCCCGAUGGUCAAAUGCUGGCCACUGCGGCUGCCGAUGAAAGCUUGAAAUUCUGGAAGAUCUUCGAGCGCAAGCCUGGAACUAGCGCCGCCGCAUCUCGGGAAGGUGGUGUCGGCAGCAAGGCUCAGAUGACCAAGUCGAUGACCAUCCGGUAGAGAGGUUGGUUGAUCCUUCGCAAGCAUAGGUGAUCUAUAGGAUUUUUUUUUUUGGUUUUUGACUCUUUAUUCACCGCGCACUUUCUUACUUUUUUUUUUUUUUUUUUUUU